GCAAAACAAACGUCGUUACUCAGCUGUCAAAAUGCAGCUUAGCAUGGUACUAGUGACAUUAGUGCUUAUAGACAGUCUAGAUUCGCAGUGCCCUAACAGGAAAACCGAUUUGGCGAAUGUAAGGAAACGGAGAUACCUGAAUUUCCCUGAUCAAACUAAUAUGGUGCUCACCAUGUCUCUCCUCAAAGCCUUCAUGACGCACGCGCCAUCAGGCUGGAACCUCGCUUUGGAGGUGGACGUGCUCUUCCCCAUGCCGGACGCCAAUUUCACCAACGCCCACUAUAGGAGAAAGCUGCAUCAUCGCCAGAGAAGGGAGUUCUGGGAGCAGAUUCAGAAUGCUAUUGAUUUACACAGCGUUAACGGCAAAGCCUGUAUAUUACGAAGCGUGUGCGAAGCGAAAAAAUAUUUGGCACCGCCAGGAAAAUCCCUGGUGCAUGAUUUACUACGCGCUCUGUUUAUAGCUCCACUCCAUGAUGAUGAAUUCCACGACGAAAUCCGCGGCACUUACGACGAGGUGCUGGAUCCUGGACUCUGUAGCAACACUUUCGAGUGUCCACUGUCUAUUCUACACACUAUAUUGGCGUUUAAUAGAGUGAAAUAUUAGUAACUGUUGUAGUUUUCUUAGCUCUCUUACUAGUUACGUUUUUAUUGCCACUGAUAAAAGUUGUUGACAAUCAGAU